AAUCUGGAAGAAUGACACAAUCUGGAAGAAUGACACAAUCUGGAAGCAUGACUCAAAGUAGAAGAUUAACACAAGGUGCUGGUGACCAACAAAAAGGAACUGUUGCAAGAGCCCAUUCCCCGCAACUCCAAUUGCUGGAUUUUUCAAUACCGGUUUUCAAAAAAUUCCGUGCUAUUCCUGGGACCACUCAGGAUGAAAGACGUCUUGAGCGAUGAAAACCGUUUUGCACCUGGUAGCAAGGCAAAGACCAAAGCAAACAGCAGACCAAACAAAGGCAAGCAGAAGGAACUAUCAAUAAUCAAUUGCAUGUUGUAACCAUGAUCCGACGUACAAAACACGGAGACAACGCCCCAUCGUCAGGCCCAUCAUCGGGUGGUGUUGCAUUGAAAGGGCUUCGAUCUCCUGGUAGUGCCUCUUCCAAACGCAAAGAAGACGGCACUAAAAUGUCUCCAGCAACACUGUUGAUGAUUGUCUGUGUGGCGCUGUUUGGUGGCGUUGCCAUUCUCUCCUUCUUGUCUCCUUCCUCAGUCCACAAUGCCGAGAAGAGUCUCUACGAAGCGGAACAAAUGGUCGAGAGCAAUCUCUUUGGCGGCGGUGUCCACGAAACCGCGGCGCCCCCCAAAGAAGAACCCCCCAAACCCAAACACCGAUCCCUCGAUGCCUCCUCGGCCAUGCUGCAGCAAGAUUCCACAUGGGUCGAUGGCGAAAAGAAAUUGAAACAGCAACUCAAACUCUUGGCGGCACGACAAGCCCAAGGCAAAGAUUUGGGAGUCCCCGCUCUGACACGAUGGCUGGGCGAUGACAUUCCUGCUUGGGCGGGAGAAGGAGUCGAUGUGGAAGAUUGGAAACAAAAAGUCGAUCGACGAUAUGCCGAAAUGAGAGAAGAAGAAAAUCAAUGGAGACAAAAAGUGGCCCAAUUUAUGGAGGAAUCAUAGAAAUUCACAACAACAACAAAAUUAUGGCACAUCAGCUAGCUGAUGUUUAUUUGAACAAGGGAAAAAGACAGAAUAUGGAUCAUUACAACUAUAAUGUUUCGAGCAGAGAGAGCAAAAGUCAUUUGACUCCACCCCAUCAAUCAACUGGAAUCGAAUCAAGGAUCAGAGCAAUUUUGGUCUACAUGUACAUGUAUUCUUCUUGUCUGUUCAAUCAAUCAAUCAACACCUACGUGUAGUUACAGUGAACUUUCUUGGCCAUCAUGCUAUGCUGCUUCCGUUGGUUUUGGUACGGUAGCUAAGUGAUUAGCAACAAAAAUUGUU